AUGACACUCAAUCCUACUGCCUCUUCAAGUGAGGAUCAACCUCCUCCACCACUACUGAGGAAUAAUCCACCCCCAUCAACAUUUAAAAAUAAUCAACCACCUCCACCUAUACCUAGAAAUAACCCUCCUCCACCUCUAAUAAAUCAUUCUCCUCACACUCCGUCUUCACCUCAUGACACCCUGCUCCAAACUGAUGAUGCCAAAAAAGUGGAGAAUAAUCAAGAACAUGUAAUGAUGACUACAACUUCAUCACAGUCUGAGACUGAUGAUUAUGAAGGAUUUGUUGACUUCGAUUUUAUGGAAGAAAUUGUUGUCCCUCUAAGUUUUCUUUACGCUAAUGCAUAUUCUGAGGGAAGAUUUCACAAGGAAGUAACACUGAUAUCGAGUCUGAUGACGAUCAGCUCAAUUUUAGAAAAAGAAAGGCUUUCUUCUCUGGUGGAGAAAAUGAUGGUGAAGCUUGAAGUUCGUCAGCUGCUAGUUGUUCUUUUGUACCUCCUCCCAAGAAAUUCAAGAGAAGAACGUAGAUUACUCAAACUUUCUCAGACCAUUGCAUCAGCUGAUGCUCAAGAGACCAGUAUUCAAGACUUCAAUAUUGAUGUGGCCAAAUGA